CUGAGAGAGGAUCUUGGGAUCUCACAGUUCCGACUUCUCGAGCAUGUCCGUGUGGAAACACUUGAUUAAAGCGUGGACGACUGAUAUAUUGUAUUGUAUAUGUAGUAAGUAUACCUGCACAUGCUGGGGCCUAAAGUCCAGGCCUUGAUUGGUGAGGAAAGCCGAAAGCACCUCACUCGCUUUUGCGAACAUAAGACUUAUAGCCUCAAACCACAGCAUUCCAUUCCAUCAGACAGUCAGCUUACAAGCGUUCACCGAUCCUGCUUAUCACAAUCACGCUCAGCGCUCAGCAUUGUCUCCUGCGCACCCUUCCACCACCAAAGGCGCAAGCUUGCAAACCAGCGCAGCCGCGAGAAUGUCUCCUGCGCGCAGGUACUGCAGUGUAAGUGACUCCCUGAUCACCAAGCCCAAACCGCGGUAUGCCUACCUCACUUUCCUGGUGGACGGGUCUGAUUACUGGAAAGGAGCCCUGGCUCUGCACAAGAGCCUGCAGCUGGUAGGGAGCAGGUACCCCCUGGUGGUUGCAGUCACAAAGGAGGUGCCAGUGAAGCUGAGGACGCUGCUGUCGUCCCAUGGUUGCCUUAUUCGCGAGAUUGAGGACGUGGCGCUACCUGAGAGCUACACACCUGACAAGUAUCUGCAGCCAUACUACAUCACGCAGUAUAAGAAGCUGCGCUUCUGGGAGCUCACAGAGUUUACCAAGCUCUGUUACUUGGAUGCAGAUACCAUUGUGCUCAAGAAUCGUGAUCACCUGUUCGAUCUGAUUGACAGCCCUUCUGAGAUUGCAGGUGUCCAAGACUGCACGUGCGAGGGCUACAAGUUCCACUACCGCCUCUGCAACACCAAGUACUGCCAGAUCGAGCCUUCACGUGCUCCCUGGACCUUCCCUGAUGGGAAGCCCGUUCCAGCGCCCUACAUCAACGCCGGCUUCUUCAUGCUCAUGCCCAAUCAGAAAGUUGCCAAGGACUUGGUCGCAAAGCUGUGGGAGUUCCCACCGACGGGCCUGGCAGAGCAGGACUACUUGAACCACUAUUUCGAGGGCCGCAUCAAGAUCCUUCCGCUGGCAAACAACCUGAUGCUUUGCAACUUUUGGAACCACCCCACCAAGGUCUCCGUGGAGACUGCUGAGAUGGUUCACUACUGCGUUGCCGGUUCCAAGCCUUGGCGCUUCGACCCCAGUAAGCCCAACAUGGACCACCCAGCCGUCCAGGAACUUGCCAAGAAGUGGCACGAGAUCUACGGAACGGAUACGACGACACCCUUGGGGGCAGUCUCACCGAAUUCCGCCACCCUUAAAGCAGUCGUAGCAGCAGAGCGACCGCUGAUGAGCCGUUCAACUGUAGGGGGUGUGCGUGUUGUAGCUUAGGGUGCGUGUAGGAUCGUACAUACAUAAACAGCCGUCAAAGUUUUGCAAUCUUUCAGGUUCUUAAAGGCGAAACCUUACGAAGAAAGUGUUGACUUCGAGUCCAUAGAAAGUUUUAGGUUGGGACACCGAAGGUGUUGCCAGAAAACCAUGACGGCUUUAAUAAACACUUGCAUGCAGAAAGCAUUGCGUUGUCUUAUGAGAAAGCUGGAGCUGACCCGGUGGAACAUUACUAACGCAUAGGGACGGGGCAAGAAGGAAGCAUCAGUUUCCCUCCGGUAAACUAGACAUGUGACCGAUUUAAAGAUAAUCAAUGUGCACAUACGUAGGCACGACAAACACUGCAGAUAUGAACACUGAUUGAUCCUCGCAUUAUUAUGGCUUAUAUUGAAUCGCGUU